CGAAGUUCUUGAACAUUUACUUCAGAUUUGUGAGCUUUUGCUGUUCUUCCUUGAUUUUUAAACAUUUUUAUACUGAAAUGAGUGCAGGUCUACCUCGGAGAAUAAUCAAGGAAACUCAGCGUUUAGUGGCAGAACCGGUCCCGGGGAUAAAAGCUGAACCACACGAGGAAAAUGCAAGAUACUUUAAAGUCAUUAUAGAUGGACCUAAAGAUACCGCAUAUGAUGGAGGGGAAUUCCAGUUAGAGCUAUUUCUCCCAGAAGAGUAUCCCAUGGCGGCGCCGAAAGUCCGAUUUAUGACAAAAAUUUAUCACCCAAACGUAGACAAGCUUGGUCGAAUCUGCCUGGAUAUUCUGAAAGAUAAAUGGAGUCCAGCUCUUCAGAUCCGCACAGUACUGUUAUCAAUUCAAGCACUGUUAAGUGCACCUAACCCAGACGAUCCUUUGGCUAAUGAUGUAGCUGAGCUGUGGAAAAUAGAUGAAGAGAAAGCAAUAAAAAAUGCCAAAGAGUGGACAAGAUUGUAUGCGAAAGCGAAAUAGUGAUCCAUAAGUUGGAUAUUUGUGUGCAUGUGAUUUGUGGAAAUGUGCAUCUGGUUU